AAACCUAAAAAAAUAAUUAAUCCUGAUAAUCAACAUAACUGUAAUACAAAUGUUACAAAUUGCAAAUGGCAUUGUAAUUUUUCAAUAGGUAAUAAAGCAACAACAAUACGUUGUUCUUUACUAAAUGAUGAUUCUAUUUACAACCACCCUAUAGAUGAUAAUAUUAAAAGUAAUACCCCAAAAUAUUACAGGUUAAGUAAUAAAAUACUCAAUAAAGUUGAGUUAUAUUAUCAAUGUCAUAUUCAAUCUAGUAAGAUAAUUAACUUACUCGAAAAUGAAUAUCCUGAUCACUCUAUUAAACCACAAAAUAUCUAUAAUAUAAUAAGCUGA